AUGACUCCAUCUGACUAUGCAGACGAAUAUGCAAAUGAUACUGCAGAUGUUCCAGCAGAUGAUACCGCAGAUGAUACUACUGAUGACACCGCAGAUGACACCGCAGAUGACACCGCAGAUGAUACUGCAGAUGAUGCUGCUGAUGACUCUACUGGUGAUUAUACUGCCUUAGAUGGAGAUGAAGACGAUACUGGAAGCAGCUCUGAUACCGACAGCGAUUCUGAUGAUGAUGAGGAAGCCUCAAAUUCGACUUCCAAAGUCAAGAAAAACCGGAAAGGCAGAUCCAAGAAGAAAAAUAACAGAAAUACCAGAAAAGGCCAAAGGAAGGCAAAACCCAAACGUCGUAAUGCUGCCAAAAAGAUUAAAAAACAGGCGGCUAAGAACCGAAAACCUGUUGCCGCUAAGAAGCAGAGAAGUUCUGUGGCCAAGAAGCAAAGGCGCUCUGGAUGA